UUUAGAUGACGUGUUUCCGCUUUCGACAUCAGCGUGCGUUAAGUUAAGUUAGCAAAAAUAUGUAUUGAUUGUUUUAUUUAUGUGGUGUUUUUUGGGAAAAAUAAAGCCACAGAUAUUUUUUUACAUGGCUACGGAGGGAUGAAGUAUCCAUUAAGUGUAUUUACUGGGAACUUGUGAGCGACAACUCAAGCUAACACCUCAUUUGUAGCUGGAGUUAACGUUAGAUGAGUUAGCUAACUCACAGCCUGCUACCCCUACCAUAACAACAACGUUGUUUGAGCAUUUUGAUAAGCGGCACCAUGGCCAAUUUAGAGCAGUGGGUAAAUGACCGUCUCCAUGACAUUCUCGGGUUGAGUGACCGAUAUGUGUCUCAAUUCAUGAUCGGCACUGCACGGAGAGCAUCAAGUUCUGAAGACUUUGUGACUCGUCUCGAGCAGACGGGCACGAUUGACAUCGACCAGAGUGUGAUUGCCUUCGCGCAAGAGCUCUUUGACAAGAUUCCUCGCAAGCAGGUUGUUGAGAAACCGUCCCGGGCAAUAGAGCGGGAAGCCAUUGAAAUGGACAGGAAGAAUCGGACAUACACAUUACUGGAGGACAGCGACAGCGAUGGAGAUGCUGUGAAGGAGAAGCAGAAAGGGAAAAAGAAAAGCAAGGACAGAGGAAACAAGAGGAAGCACAUCAGACAGAAGAAAGAGAGCGAGUCGUCUAGUGAGGAUGAAGCACCUAAAAGGGGUAAUUCAGGCCAAAGGGACCAAAAGUCUGCAAAGGAAGAAGAGGAGGAAGAGGAAGAGUGGGAGAAGGAAGAGAGAGAGCGACAGCAGGACAUUGAAGAGAGAGAUGCGUUUGCCGAGCGAGUGAAGCAGAAAGACAAAGACAAGACCCGCAACAUAACAGAAAGGACUGACAAAAAGGCUUACGAGGAAGCUCAGAAGAGGCUGAAGAUGGCUGAAGAUGAUCAGAAGAACAUGGUGCCAGAGUUGAGGAAGCGCUCUCGCUGGGAGUAUCUAAAGAAGAGAGAGGAAGAGAAGCUGGAGGACCUGGAGGCAGAGAUCAAUGACGAUGAGUACCUUUUCGCUACAGACGAGCUGACAGAGAGGGAGAAAAAGGAGUUGGAAUACAAACGCAACCUUCGGGACCUGGCUAAAGAAUACAAAAAGGCCGGUGCCAAGGAAAAAGAGGAGAGGAAGAACAGAUACUAUAUGCCGGAAGAGAAGAGAAGCAAGGAGGUACCCCAGAGGGAACUUGAGCUGGAGGAAACUCCCAUGGAGCUGGGUGGAGAGCAAGGCCGCUGGGAGGAGGAGAGGCUGAAGACGGCCUCCCUCAGCUUCGGUGCCAAGAGGGAGCGAGAGCAAGGGAUGAAGCAGGAGCAGGAGAAGUACCAGCUGAUCCUGGAGGAGGACGAGAUGAUCGACUUUGUCAGCACUGCCAUCACCAUGAAGGGAACUCGGGCGGAAAAGGAUCAGGAGGCCCCGGCUCUGUCCCAAGCAGAGCUGAACAAACAGUCCAUGCAGGAGGUCCGACGCAGCCUGCCCAUCUUCCCCUACAGAGAGGACCUGCUAGCUGCCAUCCACGAGCACCAGAUCCUGGUCAUUGAGGGGGAGACGGGCUCCGGAAAGACCACCCAGAUCCCACAGUACCUCUUGGAAGAUGGAUACACUGAAGGAGGCAUGAAGAUCGGCUGUACGCAGCCCCGCAGAGUGGCAGCCAUGUCAGUGGCAGCCAGAGUGGCACAGGAAAUGAGCGUCAAGCUUGGGAAUGAGGUGGGUUACAGUAUUCGUUUUGAGGACUGUACAUCAGAGAGAACAGUGCUCAAGUACAUGACAGACGGCAUGCUGCUCCGAGAGUUUCUCACAGAGCCCGACCUGGCUAGCUACAGUGUGAUCAUCAUAGAUGAAGCCCAUGAGCGAACGCUCCACACAGACAUCCUGUUUGGUCUGAUUAAGGACAUUGCCAGGUUCCGACCGGACCUGAAAGUGUUGGUGGCCAGCGCCACUCUGGACACAGAGCGCUUCUCCUGCUUCUUUGAUGAUGCACCUGUCUUUAGGAUCCCUGGCAGGAGGUUCCCCGUCGAUAUCUUCUACACUAAAGCUCCAGAGGCAGACUACCUGGAAGCUUGUGUGGUGUCAGUGCUACAGAUCCAUGUCACCCAGCCUCCUGGAGACGUUCUGGUUUUCCUCACUGGACAGGAGGAGAUCGAAGCGUGUUGCGAGAUGCUCCAGGAGAGAUGCAGGCGGCUUGGAUCUAAGAUAGCAGAGCUGCUGGUCCUUCCCAUCUAUGCCAAUCUGCCAUCUGACAUGCAGGCAAAGAUCUUCAACCCUACUCCACCUGGAGCCCGUAAGGUGGUGGUGGCUACCAAUAUAGCAGAAACCUCGCUUACCAUAGAUGGCAUCAUCUACGUCAUCGACCCAGGCUUCUGCAAACAGAAGAGUUACAAUGCCCGCACCGGCAUGGAGUCACUUAUUGUCACGCCCUGCUCACGGGCUUCAGCCAACCAGAGAGCAGGCCGUGCAGGCAGAGUGGCUGCUGGGAAAUGUUUCAGGCUUUACACAGCCUGGGCCUUUAAACAUGAGAUGGAGGAAACAACUGUGCCAGAGAUUCAGAGGACCAACUUGGGAAAUGUAGUCUUGCUGCUGAAGAGUCUAGGCAUCAAUGACCUCAUUCACUUUGACUUCAUGGACCCACCUCCUCAUGAGACUCUGGUCUUAGCGCUGGAGCAGCUCUACGCCCUGGGAGCACUCAACCACCUGGGAGAGCUCACCAAGCUGGGUCGCAGGAUGGCUGAGCUUCCGGUGGACCCCAUGCUGAGCAAGAUGAUCCUGGCCUCCGAGCAGUACAAGUGUUCGGAGGAAGUGUUGACGAUAGCGGCCAUGCUGUCGGUGAACAACUCUAUUUUCUACCGUCCCAAAGACAAGGUGGUGCACGCUGACAACGCCAGGAUGAACUUUGUGGUGCCAGGGGGAGACCACCUGGUGCUGCUCAACGUCUACACACAGUGGUUGGAGAGCGGUUACUCCACACAGUGGUGCUAUGAGAACUUCAUCCAGUUCCGCUCCAUGAGAAGAGCCCGAGACGUUAGGGACCAGCUGGAGGGUCUGAUGGAUCGUAUUGAGGUGGAGGUGGUCAGCUCCCAGGGAGACAGCUUGCCCAUUCGUAAGGCGGUGACGGCCGGAUAUUUCUAUCACACGGCGCGACUGAGCAAAGGUGGCUACAAGACGGUGAAGCACCAGCAAACGGUCUACGUCCACCCCAACAGCUCUCUGUUCGAGGAGCAGCCCCGCUGGCUCAUCUACCACGAGUUGGUCUUCACCACCAAGGAGUUCAUGAGACAGGUGAUUGAGAUAGAGAGCGGCUGGCUGCUUGAAGUGGCUCCUCACUACUACAAGAGCAAAGAGCUGGAGGACAGCAGCAGCAAGAAGAUGCCCCGCAAGCAGGGUAAAACAAAAGAGGAGCUGGGCUGAAGAGAAGACCAAGGCUCAGGGGACAGAUGGCAAAAAUAAACAGUCCCUUCCUCUCAAAGGGCAGUGUAAAAGUAUAAAAAGGACUUUGAAAGUUUGGAAAUUGCAUAAUAAUAAAGAGGAAAAGUGUGGAAAAGUACAUAAACAGCUACAUGGUUCUAGCUUGUCUCCACAUGUGAAAUUGUUUUCUUCUGUAGCUUGAUAUGGCAGUAUCAGUAUCAGAGACUGGUCCAGUGAGAAGUGGGUCACAAACGUACUGACCGGUUUAAUCAUAAACCAGCUGUGUCAGCUGGGCCACGACGAGGAAACAUUAAUGCACUUGGAUCUGAGUUUCCCGCAACAACAGCAGCAGUACAGACUUGCCGGGUGGGUUUUUCAGCUCUUUAAUGAACGUGACACUGUUGGUUUGUUUUUCAGGUGCUUUUUGUUGACUUUCCCUAAAUAAAGCCUUUGUCAAAUCGUGCAUUUGUGAAAGCAGAACGCUGUUACGGUGUCCAAAUUGACUAUUACUGAGACUGAUGUCCAAAUAAUGAGAUUCACUCACAUGUUUAUUUUCAUUUUUCUACUGUAAUAAAGUUUUACAACCA